AUGGAUCAACCCUCGAAGAUGGACGAGGCUCAUCGUGAGGCACACACUGCUAGAACGGAUUCAGGCCAUCACUCCCACUCACCAUACUCCCACGUCCACUACAGACCAGACCACAGUGGAGUCCACUAUCCUUGGGAGCCCCCUCACCCUCCAUCUCACUAUCAUGGCGGAUUUCACCACCCAAAUGAAUCCCAGCACUUCCGUGAGUCCUCAGACUCUCAAGACGGUGCCUUCUUCCAUCAGUCCCAUCACUAUAACAAAUCCCACCUCUCCACAGCAUCUGACAGUCCCAAGAUGGAUCUCAUCCCCACACUGAGUCCCACCUCCAUCACAGACAGUCCCAAGAUGGAUCUCAUCCCCACACUGAGUCCCACCUCCAUCACAGACAGUCCCAAGAUGGAUCUCAUCCCCACACUGAGUCCCACCUCCAUCACAGACAGUCCCAAGAUAAACAUCACUAUCGUCAAGGUAGUGAGGCUUCGUCCCACUUCUCUACUGCGUCAUCCAGCAGAAAGGAUGCUUCCCACCAGGGGAGAUCCCAUGAAUCCCAUCACCAAGCCCACCACGACAGCAGGCAUCAACCUACUGAAUCCCAACACCACGAAAAGCCACCUCAUUCUGAAGAGAGCCCCUCCCACCAGUCCUUUGAGGGGUCCUCCAAGCAGGGAAGACAUCACCAACAUGGCGGCCAUCAUACAGGCCCCCAAGCCACCCAUCACCAUGGUGAGCAUCCCCACCAUAGAGAGCACCGUUACCACAAAGAACAACAACUUGGAGAACAUCUUCACCCCAAAGAGCAUUCCUAUCCGAGCGCCUCCCACAGCACCUUCGGCGGCUCCCCUUCUCGAGAGUUCCAGAGAAUCCGACUCCUGGAGUGAAACUGACCACAUUCAGAAGCGCAAGAGGACACAGCGGACCCACAAGAAGAUACGUUCUGGGAAUAUCUUCCAAUUGAUUUGGGGGAAAAUAUGUCGCCUCAUUUGGGGUCUCCGGCAAAUGAUGAUGUCACUGACUCAGUCCCUGGGCUUUGAGACCUUCAUCUUCAUCGUGGUCUGCCUCAACACAGUCGUCCUUGUGGCCCAGACCUUCACUGAGCUAGAGAUCAGAGGUGAAUGGUACUUCAUGGUCUUGGACUCCAUUUUCCUCUCGAUCUACGUAAUAGAAGCCGUGCUCAAGCUAAUUGCCCUGGGCCUGGAGUAUUUUUAUGACCCAUGGAACAAUCUGGACUUCUUCAUCAUGGUCAUGGCGGUGCUGGACUUUGUGCUUAUCCAGAUCAACUCCCUAUCCUACUCGUUCUACAACCACAGCCUGUUCCGGAUCCUCAAAGUCUUCAAGAGCAUGCGGGCUCUGAGGGCCAUCCGGGUCCUUCGGAGGCUCAGCAUCCUCACCAGUCUCCAGGAGGUGACAGGGACUCUGAGAAGAUCUUUGCCGUCAAUCACAGCCAUCCUGACCCUCAUGUUCACCUGCCUCUUCCUCUUCUCUGUGGUGCUCCGAGCGUUGUUCCGGCAAUCGGACCCCAAGCGUUUCCAGAACAUCUUCACCACCCUGUUCACCCUCUUCACUAUGCUCACCUUGGAUGACUGGUCCCUCAUCUACAUGGACAGCAGGGCCCAGGGGGCCUGGUAUAUCAUCCCCAUCCUCAUGAUCUACAUCAUCAUCCAGUACUUCAUUUUCCUCAACCUGGUGAUUGCUGUCCUGGUAGAUAACUUCCAGAUGGCGCUUCUCAAAGGCCUCGAGAAAGUGAAGCUGGAGAAAGCUGCCCGGGUCCACGAGAAGUUGCUGGACGACUCUCUGACAGAGCUCAACAAAACAGAUGCUGAGGCCCAGAUGAGCGACAGUGCCUUGCAGGUACAGUUUAUUGAGAGGAUGUUCAGCACCAUGACAGAGAGGCAGCGGGAGCUCCACUUCCAGUACCUACGGUUGGUGGCAUCGGUGGAGCAGCACCAGCAGAAGUUUCGUUCCCAAGCAUCUGUCAUCGAUGAGAUUGUCGACACUGCAUUUGAGGCUGGAGAAGAGGAUUUCGGGAAAUGA